AAUCAUUAUUUUUCCAACUGAAGGAGAACUCGUUUUGAUCAGCAAAUAGUAAACUAAAUAAAUAUUAACUACAUUCGAUUUUUGUUUGGCAUUUUGCGAAGUGACAGAGGACAUAGCGGAAAGGAAUCGAGAAUGGAGCACAUGGAGCACAUGGAGCACAUGGAGCAAAUGGAGUACGAUCUUCUCGAUGACGAGGCAGCGGAAUUCUUGUGGUCCCGAGGUGGUGGAGAUGCGGACAAUAGUGCCCUGAUGCGCCGCACCACCAACGUGGUGGUGCAACGUCAAAGUCAGAGAACCGAGUUGGUGGUUGAGCCUUCAGUGGCGGAGCCUUCCCGCCCGAUGAGGCCUCCUAGCCAGGUGGCCCAACCAACUGGCCACAGCCCGGGAUCGUCGCAGUUGGCUGCCUCAUCCACGUCCACAUCGGCAGCUCCAUCGAAGGUCAUCGAACACGAAAGGCCCAAUGAAAUGGUGCGCUUUUGCCUGCGCCUGGGCUACAAUGCUCUUUUUUAUCCCUACGAGUUUGCCAAGGUGCUGAUCCAACUGGGCCAUGAGCCGCUCCAGGCGCUGCCCUUCCACCUGCCGCUGCUCCGCGGGCGACCACGCCUCUUUCUGCCCGGCGUCCAUCGGUAUGUGCAGCACAUCCAGCAGGUGGAUGGCUACGUGGGGAUGUAUCGUGGCUUGACCGCUCGUCUGGCCGCCAAUACAGUGGACUUCCUAUUGGGUGACGUCCUGCUGGCCAUUCUACGCUUUGGUCCCUACAAAGCAGAAGCAGGAGAGGAAGUUAGCCUGAAGGAGUUGCUGUGGAAUCUAACGAGGGACAGCAUCCGUUUGGCCACUGCAGUGGCACUAUCGCAACCAUUUUAUGUGGUAAUGGUGCGCCAGAUAGCCCAGUUUGUGGGUCGCGAACGGGUGUACGAGGGAGUGCUGGACAGUUUGAUGCUGCUUGUGAAGAUGGAGGGAUUUGCGGGACUCUAUGCCGGCAUUGUGCCACGCCUACUGGGCGAAUGGGUCGUCCUGGCCGCCACCAGUUGUGUGAGCCACCUGUGCCGGCGACUGUUGCCGAUGAGCCGCCCUCAGCAGCUGUACAAUGCGGUGAUCAUCCAGCUGCUGGCCAGCAUGUUGAUGUACCCGCUGGAGGUGACCUCCGCCUGCAUGGCGGUGACUGGAGCACCGCUCUCCGCCUGCGAGCCGCCGAGCAUGCCGCUCUACCACCACUGGGCCGACUGCCUCACCGAUCUCUACGCCCGCGGAGGUCACCAACGGGGAGCCAUCCUCUUCUGGCGCACGGUGCCCAGGAUCCAGUUGCUGCGACGCCAGGAUGGUCAACUGCCCAAGACGGCAUUCUGAAUGGGGUGGGCUUAGAUUCUGGAAGUUUGGUGAAAUUGAGAGGAGGUGAAAUAAGAAAGGAGAUUGGAAAGGCGUGGAAAGCAGUUGCAGUGAAUGGAGAGUAAAGAAGUGGAGAAUAGGAGCGCAUCUUGAAAGUUGGAGAUUGGAAUGACACAAAGUCAAGAAGGGGGAAAAAAUUUAAAGAAAAGAAGACUUAAGAAACUGUAAAAAGAACAAGAUGUACAUAUAAGAAGGGAGGAAGAUUCAGAUUGAAGACACAAACCAAAGGUGGAAGAAAGCGCAAAUGGAUGUUAAAGAAACUUAAGAAAGGAGGAAACUUAAAGAAGGAAAAGAGCGUAUAGUGAGGAAACUGGAAACUAUAACAAAGGAGGAGGAUAUUAAAGAAGGAAAAUGGAAAUGAAAUUGUAGAGUGAAGAAAUUGGAAAAUUUGGAUUAAAAAUUAUAUGCAGUGAUACCCAUGAUCUCUGAUUGAAGAUAAAAAUGCGGAAGCAAUAAAAAAAGAAUGAUAAGCAGAGAAUGAACUUUAAAGAACAAAAAUUAAACAAAAUUUUGAGUGAAAAAUACAAACUAUUGGCAAGCCAAAAAAUUGAGCAGAAGAAAACAGAGGUGUAACAUAAAACGGCAAAGAUUGGCGAAUGGAGAGAGCAGAUCAAGAAGCGAUCACAGACGUAUCACAGUUUACCGAUAUUGUGCUGGUUAAUUGCUAAACUUUUGAUAAUGUGUCGAGAGAAAUUUGUAGUUUUUCAAUAACAAUAAUUAAAAAAAAAAACGAUGCAAGUAAUAAAUGCUCAAAGGUA